AUCAAACGACUAAACCUAUAGUGUACAUUCUGCGAUCUCGUGCCGUUCCGCAGAGAGCCUCACAAACAAGAAAAGUGGAUCGACGUGCCUAGCGUGCCUGAGGCGUUCGCACAUCGCUUGUGAGAUUCAUUGCAUUGCGAAUGCUCUUACCGUAUUUUCUGUCACCGAGCGAAAAAAUUAGAGACAAGUAGAUUUCUCCAGGCUAUCAUGGGGGUUAAUGGGAUUUGCUGUUCGUAGUAACGUUUUGGCCUAGUAAGUGAUUCACUCAGUAACGAAAAGUAUGAGAGCAUCAGGGUCUCUGCCCUGCUAGUCUGGAUCAGGCCGGUGGAUUGCUUGCGCGGACCAAUGUUCAAUUCUUACCACGACUUGAAAUAAUUCGGGACUAACAUCCACCACCACGGUUUAACACACUCAACUUCUGUUGAAGAUGUCUUUGCUCCACCUAGCUCCAUCGCUCUUCGAGACUGCCAUGGAAUGGCUUGCCUUUGAAGUGUCCCGCAUCGAGGCCGAGAUUCUUCACAUACCAUCUUCUAUGCGCUUCUUCACGGUCGAGGCAGACACAGACCAACGGUUCAAGGAGGCUUUCCUGUUCGCACUUGCACCAUUCUACGCCUUUAUCACGAUGCCCUUGCUCGAUAGACUGCGAGGUAUCCGUCAUCCUAAAUCUCGCAGUGACCGAUCAACCAGAUGCGGAGAGUGGUACUUGUGGUACUUGGUCAUGUUCUGGACAGUUAUCCUUCUGAAUCGUCACCUCCUGUGAUCGUCGUGCCUUCAAGGAAAGUACGAUCGCCGGUUGAUGCCUCCUCA